AUGUGGAAAGCCCAUCUAUCCCAUCCCUCGGUUGACCCGAACAUCACGGCUUACAUGGAGAACUCGAGGAUCGAUGUGAGGACGCUAGUCAGAGAGGCCGUCCUUGACGGCAACCUGACUGACUGCCGCCUCCUCGUCGACGAGCAUCUUGGCGAGGAGUUCUGGUCGUCACAUCCUGAGCUCCUCCUCCGCCUGGUGCUACAGCAGUUCAUCGAGCUUGUGAGGGAGGGCGAUGUCCAGCAGGCCCUCAGCUAUGCCCAGCAGCAGAUCUCAGUCUUCGCCGAGUGCAACCCCGGCUACCUCCAGCAGAUCGAAGACACGAUGAGCGUACUCACAGUCAAGCAAUCGAACGCGCAAACAAACCCUGCAGGGGACUUGCUGGACCUCUCUCGGCGAGAGGUCCUCUUCAUGGAGAUCAACGGCGCCAUCCUCCGCUUCCUCGGGCUCGCUUCAGACUCUGAGCUGGACAGGCAGGAGAAGCUGAAGCACUUCAUAGCGCUGUGGCGGCAGGAGAGCGGAAAGUCUCUUCCGGUUCAGAGCGACGAUUUCAUGGCGAUGCUGAUGCAAUGCAUAGCUGGGGGCUCAUAUGUCGAGAUGAGGGGAGGGGACUUGGGGCAGGGGCUGGACGGGCAGGACAGGAUCAGCCAUGGUGACCUGCAGCCUGUGUGGUGA